CCUUCGGCCCCGUAGCAGCCUCCAGUCCCGACUGUGCGCGCCCGCGCUCAGGGUCCCCUCCAUGUGAGCAUACUCGCGCGCGAGGGUGGCCCCAGAAUGGUGUCCGGGAACGAGUUCCAGCUCGUGCCCCUGGACGAGAAGAAGCAGUGCCCGACCACGGCCGGCGCCGGCCAGGGCGGCGUCGGCGGCGAGCUGCCCGAGCGCGAGAAGUGGGACAAGCCCAUCGAGUUCGUCCUGUCCGUCGUCGGCUUUGCCGUGGGCCUGGGCAACGUCUGGAGGUUCCCCUACCUCUGCUACAAGAAUGGAGGGGGUGCUUUCCUCAUCCCGUACUUCAUCUGCCUCGUUGCCGGCGGGGUCCCCAUCUUUUUCCUCGAGGUCGGCAUCGGACAACUCACUAGCCAGGGCGGCAUCACCGUGUGGGAUCUGUGUCCCAUCUUCAAGGGUAUCGGAUACGGGACGACGAUCGUCUGCUUCCUACUCAACGUGUACUACAUCGUCAUCCUGGCCUGGGCCGCGCACUUCUUCUACUACUCUUUCUCGUCGGAGCUGCCCUGGGCGUCGUGCUCCAACUGGUGGAACACGCCAAAGUGCUUCACCGUCGCUAACAAGUCGGCCCCGGGCCAGCUGGGUCGCGUAGAUGCCGUCGUCGAGUAUUGGGAACGUAAGGUGUUGGGCCUGAGUUCUGGAAUCGAUGAUGUCGGUGGCAUGCAGUGGGAGCUCGCACUGUCGCUGCUCGUCGUCUGGAUCCUGGUGUACUUCUGUGUGUGGAAGGGCAUCAAGUCGUCGGGCAAGGUCGUCUACUUCACAGCCACCUUCCCGUACGUCAUGCUGACCGUCUUGCUGAUUCGAGGCGUCACCCUCGAGGGCGCCGUGGACGGCAUCAUCUUCUACCUCAAGCCCGACUUCAACAAGCUGUUCGAGGCGCAGGUGUGGAUUGACGCAGGGACGCAAAUCUUCUUCUCGUACGCCAUCGCGGUGGGCUGCAUGACGGCCAUGGGCUCGUACAACAGCUACCACAACAACUUCGUCAAGGACUGCGUCUUCAUCGCGGCCACCAACAGCCUGACGAGCCUGUACUCGGGCUUCGCCAUCUUCAGCGUGCUGGGCUUCAUGGCGCAGGAGCAGGGCGUCCCCAUCGCCCAGGUGGCGGAGUCCGGUCCGGGGCUCGUCUUCAUCGCCUACCCAAAGGCGGUGACGCAGAUGCCGAUGGCCCCUCUGUGGUCGGCGCUCUUCUUCUUCAUGAUCAUCCUGAUGGGGCUGGACUCGCAGUUCGUGGGCGUGGAGGGCUUCAUCACCGCCGUGGUCGACCUGUUCCCCGGCGUGCUGCGGCGCGGCCACCGCCGGGAGGUGUUCAUCGCCGUCGUCAGCGGCGUCAGCUUCCUCAUCGGCCUGCUCAUGGUCACCAAGGGAGGGAUGUACCUAUUCCAAGUGUUCGACUACUUCUCCGCCAGCGGCAUGGUCCUGCUGUGGUUCUGCUUCUUCGAGUCGAUCGCCAUCGCCUACGGCUACGGCGCCGAACGCUUCUACGACGACAUCAGGGACAUGAUAGGAUACCGCCUCAGCCCGUGGCUCAAAGUCUGCUGGCUCGUGUUGACGCCCAUCGUUACAAUGGUGGGAGAUGUUAAGGGUCGUUAAAUUACCAC